CCUCUCGCCAACAACCUGUUCUAUUUCUCAAAUUUCGCCCUGUCUUAAUUCUGUCGUGUAUUCUGCUUCUCUAGUAUGGGGAAUAUUACAAGCUGCUGUGAUUCUUGCUUUGGAUCGCGUAGGUCUCAGGCGUAUGAGCCUUUGCUACUGGAGAAUGAGCGGGAGGCAGUAGCAGAUCUUCUUCAGUAUCUUGAGAACCGGACGACUACAAAUUUUUUCAGCGGCUCUCCUCUUACCGCACUGACCACACUUUCGUUUUCCGACAAUGUUGAUCUUCAGCGCAGCGCAGCUCUGGCCUUUGCUGAAAUUACCGAAAAGGAAGUGCGCCCCGUUGGACGGGACACUCUCGACCCAAUACUUUUUUUGCUGAGCAGUCACGAUACCGAAGUCCAGCGGGCGGCUAGUGCGGCGUUGGGUAAUCUUGCGGUGAACACCGACAAUAAGCUCUUGAUCGUUAAACUCGGUGGUUUGGAACCGCUAAUUCGCCAAAUGCUCAGUCCCAAUGUUGAGGUUCAGUGUAAUGCUGUCGGCUGCGUCACCAACCUUGCAACGCAUGACGAUAACAAAACAAAGAUUGCCAAGUCUGGUGCAUUGGUUCCCCUUACUCGUCUAGCCCGUUCCAAGGAUAUGCGUGUACAGAGAAAUGCUACUGGGGCUCUUCUCAAUAUGACCCAUUCUGACGAGAACCGUCAACAGCUUGUAAAUGCCGGGGCCAUUCCCGUGCUAGUAAGCCUACUGAACUCACCAGACACCGACGUUCAAUACUACUGCACAACUGCACUUAGCAACAUUGCCGUAGAUGGGGCAAAUCGGAAGAAGUUGGCCAACACUGAACCCAAAUUGGUUACAAGCCUGGUAAUGUUGAUGGACAGCCCGAGCUUGAAGGUCCAGUGUCAGGCUGCUCUUGCUCUUCGUAAUCUAGCCAGUGACGAGAAAUAUCAGCUCGAAAUCGUUCGUGCAGACGGACUAUCUUCUUUGCUACGUCUCCUCCAAUCCGCAUACCUUCCCCUCAUUCUUUCGUCUGCCGCAUGUGUACGCAAUGUGUCCAUACACCCUCAGAACGAAUCUCCGAUCAUUGAAUCCGGUUUCUUACAACCACUUAUCAACCUUCUAUCAUUCAAAGAUAAUGAAGAAGUCCAGUGUCACGCUAUUUCCACCCUUCGAAAUUUAGCAGCUAGUUCAGAGAAGAACAAGACAGCGAUAGUCAAGGCCGGCGCUGUGGUGUCUAUCAAAGAGUUGGUCCUUGAAGUUCCAAUGAAUGUGCAGAGCGAGAUGACAGCUUGUGUAGCCGUGUUAGCAUUGAGUGAUGAACUUAAAGGUCAACUGCUCGAGAUGGGAAUUUGCGAGGUUCUGAUUCCCCUGACCAAUUCACCGAGCUCGGAAGUGCAGGGCAAUAGCGCUGCUGCUCUCGGAAACUUAUCAUCGAAAGAUGGCCGCACUGCUAAUGAUGAUUAUUCUGCGUUUAAUGAUGUUUGGGAUAAACCCGAUGGCGGGAUGCACCGAUAUCUUUAUCGUUUCCUUAGCAGUCCUGAUGCAACCUUCCAGCAUAUCGCCGUAUGGACAAUCGUCCAGCUUCUUGACUCUGGCGACCCUCAACUUAUCAGCAAUAUCCGAAGCUCUACCCUUCUCGUUCCUAACAUCCGCAACCUCGCCACCUCUCAAGCUUCAACACCAUCUUCUUCAGUCGGCUCACAUCGGUCACAUUCCUAUGAUGACACCGAAACAAAUGACGGUCAAGGAGAAAUUCAACUUCUAUCGCGCAGAAUUCUGGAAUAUGUGGAUGGCGACCUGGAAGCUAUGGCUCCUUCCAGCCUGACCCCUUCGCAUAUGCAACCUGGAUCUUCCGUAGCCAGCUCAACUCGAGAUCACGAGGAACUAAGACGCAGUGUGAGGGAAGCUUUCGCUCCGGGUUCGCAUCGGUGAGCAACUUGUACAGAGGUUUGACUGCGGUGUAUUCUUGUUUUUUCUUUACUCUCGGUAUAUCAUUAUGUUAGGUCACAAAUUGCGUGGUCAACUCUUAAGUACUAGUCGUAUCUCUUUCGUUAACCUUGCUCGAACAGUUCCCACUCGUUUAGUUCGUAACCGUAUAUCUACUGCUGUCUAUCUUCCGUAUUCUUCAAGUUUGCGCUCAUUGGGACUGGGCCCGACUGGUGUCAAAUUUUGUCCGUUUAGUAUAUAUAGAGCUUUCGAUCAGGUAUCUUUCUUUUCCAGAUGCUAUCAUGCGGUUCCCUGGUGUACAUAGUUAUGAUUAUGAUUUUGUAUGAAUGCGAGGACUCCGUCCGUAAAAUCGAGCUGACAGGCGCC